AUGAGUUCACCUUUGCGCCCCAGCGUCUCCGGCGCAAAUCGCGGCCUGGGGAAUUUAAGUCGCCGCAAGCGAGAUAGGGAGCCUGAUGAUGAGACUUCUUCGGUUGCUCCUCCGUCAAGUCCGCCCCCGUCCUCCCCCCCAAUGCUCCCAUUUGACGAUGAUCUGGAUCGAGAUGAGGAAGAUGAACUCGAAGGAGAUAUUGACGACCUCGAGGAGUUGGCGGAGGAUGAAGACGGCAUUGACCUUUUUGCCGAUGAUUUCGAAAGAGACUAUAGGAACACUCGAGUGGAUCACUACCGAGGCAAAUAUAUUGAUGAUGAUGAGGACCAACCAGAGAUCGAUAUUGCUACUCGUCGACAGCUUGAUGCUCGCAUGAGUAAGCGAGAUCGAGAGCUAGCACGUCGUCGCCGCAUGCCAGCCGCCUUUCUCCAAGACGAGGACGAAGACAUGAAUGUGGAUCUUAGUCGUCAAGUGCGUCGUCGAAGGCAUCACUAUGACGAAGACAGGGACGAUAUGGACAUGCAGGAAGAUAUCUUGGAAGAGGAGCUGUCCCUUGAAGAGGUGUCCGACGUGAAGGCCGCCAACCUAACAGAGUGGAUUUUGCAACCACAAGUUAUGCGUACCAUCGGCCGUGAAUUCAAGGCGUUCAUGACGGAAUUUAUCGACUCCUCUGGCCGAUCUGUCUACGGAGAACGUAUCAAGACACUGGGUGAGGUUAAUUCUGCAUCCUUGGAAGUCUCCUAUGACCAUCUUGUGGCAGCCAAGGCAGUGUUAGGAUUCUUUGUCGCAAAUGAGCCGACAGAAGUUUUAAAGAUUUUUGAUCAAGCUGCACUUGAAACCACCCUCUAUCACUAUCCCCAUUUUGCUGAUAUUCAAAACGAAAUUCAUGUGCGCAUCACCGAUCUCCCCCUUUGCUACUCGCUGAGAGAACUCCGACAAUCUCACCUCAACUGUCUUGUUCGUGUGAAUGGCGUUGUCACAAGACGUACUGGCGUCUUUCCGCAGUUGAAAUUUGUCAUGUUCCGCUGCAAUAAAUGCGAGGUCACGCUUGGUCCUUUCCAGCAAGAGGCGGCACAAGAAGUCAAAAUAUCAUUUUGUCAAAAUUGUCAAUCUCGGGGUCCUUUCACCAUGAAUUCGGAGAAGACUGUGUACCGAAACUACCAGAAAUUGACCUUACAAGAGUCACCUGGCUCAGUGCCCGCCGGACGACUUCCACGUCAACGCGAAGUCAUCUUACUCGCAGAUCUAAUCGAUAUUGCUAAGCCUGGCGAUGAGGUUGAGGUUACCGGUAUUUAUCGCAAUAGCUAUGACGCUCAGCUCAACAAUAAAAAUGGAUUUCCCGUCUUUGCAACAAUUCUGGAAGCCAACCACGUUAUCAAGUCCCACGAUCAAAUGGCUGGGUUCCAUUUGACUGAACAAGACAUAGAACAGAUCCGUUCGCUUUCUAGGGAACCUGACAUUGUUGACAAGAUUGUUCGCUCCAUUGCCCCAAGUAUCUAUGGACACGAAGACGUCAAGACGGCAGUCGCUCUCUCCUUAUUCGGUGGUGUGAGGAAAGAGGCUCAGGGCAAGAUGUCUAUCCGUGGUGACAUUAAUGUGCUUCUCCUCGGUGAUCCCGGAACUGCCAAGUCACAAGUUUUGAAGUACGUUGAGAAAACAGCGCAUCGAGCUGUGUUUGCUACAGGUCAGGGUGCUAGUGCAGUCGGUCUUACAGCCAGUGUCCGACGUGAUCCCUUGACCAGUGAAUGGACGUUGGAAGGUGGUGCUCUGGUGCUCGCGGACCGCGGUACUUGUUUGAUUGAUGAAUUCGAUAAGAUGAAUGAUCAGGACCGGACUUCGAUUCACGAAGCGAUGGAGCAGCAGACUAUAUCUAUUUCCAAAGCCGGCAUCGUCACAACACUUCAAGCUCGUUGUGCCGUUGUUGCUGCCGCAAAUCCAAUCGGUGGUCGGUACAACGGCACGAGCCCAUUUUCCGAGAACGUUGCAUUGACUGAGCCGAUUCUUUCUCGUUUCGAUAUUCUCUGUGUCAUACGGGACACCGUGCAGCCGGCAGAAGACGAGCGACUUGCCAACUUUGUGGUUGAAUCACACUCUCGAGCUAACCCUCCCAAACCCCUAAAAGACAGUAAUGGGAAGACAAUCAACAAGUAUGGAGAGCUCAUUGAUGAAGAAGGUUAUCGCAUUGACCCAGAUGGCGUGCGUCUUCCGCUUAACGCAGAAGAGCAACAAGCUCGCGCAGAAGCUAAGCGGAAAGCAGAGGAAGAGAAAGAGGGAGAAAUACCGCAAGAGUUACUGCGAAAAUACAUUCUUUAUGCUCGCGAGCGAUGCAAUCCGAAAUUAUAUCAAAUUGAUCAGGAUAAGGUUGCGAGACUCUUCGCAGACAUGAGACGGGAGUCGCUCAUUACGGGGGCAUAUCCUAUUACUGUUCGUCACUUAGAAGCUAUCAUGCGUAUUGCAGAAGCUUUCUGCAAAAUGCGCCUGUCUGAGUACUGUUCAUCACAUGAUAUCGACCGUGCAAUUGCAGUCACUGUGGACUCAUUUAUUGGUAGCCAGAAAGUCAGCGCCAAGAAAGCUCUCUCCAGGGCGUUUGCCAAAUAUACACUUGCACGACCGAAGCCUCAAUCUAAGCGCAGGGCCGGUAUUCCGGUGUCUAAGCCCUACACACACAGGGAACUUCAUGCCCCGAUGAAUGACGAGUGA